ACUAGAAUGUUAUGUUUUUCAUAACAGUGGUUGCCACCAGUAGGAGUGGGGUGGAGUUUGCCAAUACAACACAGAAUAAACGCUGAAACACAGCAUUGGGAGAGUGUACAUAGCAUUGGAGAAAGGAACGGGAACGUAACAGCUAGAAGGGGAGAAGGACAAUAGGACGUAGACUUCAAAAUCUCAAGAGAGAUGAUCAAGUCCUUCAAACAGACAUUUUUGUCGCUGGAGCUGCAGUCACCCAGGUGGAGCUCAGCAGAGAUCGCGGUGCAAGAUUACGAGCUGCGUCACUACGAGACGGCCAAAUGGGCUAGCACAGUAAUUCAAGGAGAGACGCAAAAGGAGGCAUUGCGCCAGGGCUUCUGGAAGCUCUUCUACUACAUUCAGGGGAAGAAUGAGAAAGAGAUGAAGAUUGAGAUGACUGUGCCGGUGACGUGCCUGGUGAAAUCUGGUUGCACAGACUUCAAGGUCUCAUUCUUUGUGCCAUUCGAGCAUCAAGACUCCCCACCACAGCCCACAGACCCAGAUGUCUUCAUUGAGGAGCGGAAGGGAGAGGCCAUCUUUGUCAGGUCCUUUGGUGGGUUUGCCUCUCCAGAGAAGUAUGCUGAGGAAGCCCAGGCACUGGCCAGAAUCCUAAAGAAUGUGGGUCAGUCAUUCCAUGAAGACUUCUAUUAUACUGCUGGAUAUGACAGUCCCUUCAAGCUCUUCAAUAGGCACAAUGAAGUGUGGUAUUUCAAGAAAUAAUACGGGAGUGUUGGAUGAAGAUAGACCUUGCUUGUGCCUUUUGCUUCCAUGACUUUGUAUGUACUGAAGAGAAACUUUACUCAUACAGACUUGUGUAUGUGCUAGCCAGUGUGCAGAGACCUUCCCCAUUCCAUUUUACUUAGGACUAUAGAUCAGACACUGACUUCAAAAACCCAUGUCUCAAAUUUCUGUGCUCCUUAGCAUAUCUUCAAGUAUAAAAUACAGAAGGCUGUCUCUGUUUUGAUCAGUUUUAGAGUCUGUUCAGACCUGCUGCUCUCUCAGGGGUAGCAGGUGUCUCCAAAUCCAUUGAACAUAGAGAACAGCUGUGAUGUGAAAGUGUACAAUUUGUGACUAAGUGAUUUAGGAGCUUCUGAAAAAAGGUAGAAAAAUCCCCUAAAGGCUGCUGCUCCAACUGCUAUGGUGUGGGAAGGCAAGGCUAUGGUGGUGGACAAAGGCUAGUGCCUUGUCAAUAAGAUUUGAUGCCACUUUCAUCCAAGUGUAGUCACUGUUAUGGUUGCCUGUUUCUACCAAGGCUUGUUUUAUCCUGUCCUCAGCAGUGGGACACCUAUGUUUGGAGCUGUCUGACAGCCGUUGUUAAACCCUAUUAUUUUCAGAGCAGUGACCCAGGCAGGUGGAUGCACAAAUGGGUGGGUGAAAGCUACUGGUGCUAGCAUUAAAUGUACCAGCUUGUGCCACUUCUUACCUUUCAGCCUGAAGACAAUUAACCAUAUUGGAUUUUUAAUAAAACAGGUGUUUUUCAUUUACACUUGAAAGUAUGGUAUUAAUCACUCCAGAUAAGAAACUACUGAGAUUUUACAGGUGCCAAAUCUUUCAUUUACACACUAGCCUCUUAAUGACCUUUUCUCUUUAUAACAUUCAAAGGUCCACACACACUGUACUAUUUUAUAAACUGCUGUACUUUAAUAGUAAGGAUGGCUUUUGUAGAGUGACUUAACCUGUGCAAUAAUAUUUAGAAGCAAAAAAUAAUUAAAUGCCUUCUGAUCCUG